AUGGAGGAUGACAGAAAGUACAGCGAACUCCGCGAUUUUAGGGAUGACUCCUUAUCCUUAUCCUCCUCGCGCAGUCUCCCAGGCACAAAAACACACCGCGACGAGGCGCCUACUUUUUCCACCACGGCCUCCUCCACGAAUAGUUUCUUUUGCCUGUGGCCAGUUAGCGGGGAAAAAAACCACUGCACAUCUCCACCUGGCAAGCGCUCGCCCACAAAGCAGAAGUUUCACAGAUGCUGCCCCUCGUCCUCCCCCACGUCUGCCAAGCGGCUCACCGGCUAUAAAGCUGGGAUCGUCUCCCCAACGACUAACUCUCCGCCGGUAAAUCCAUGA